GUCUAACUUUGUUCUCAGCCACAGCCAUCAUCAUCAUGUCCAAGCGCCAUUGGGUGACUUUGCCGCACGAGCGCAUCGAAGUUACAGUUGCCGCCACUGGCAACGCGUCGCUGCCCCCCGUGACCAUCAUCGAGGCUUUCGACAAGACCGUCCAGAAGCUUCCCGACAAGGGCGCACUCUUCUUCAAGACAAAGCCGGGCCAGUCGGGAUUCGACUCGUUCACAUUCACACAGUUCAGAGAGCAAGUCUACAAGGUCGCCAAGUCCAUCAUCAAGCUCGGCGUCCAAAAGUGGGAGCGUGUGGGCAUUCUCGGCUUCAACUCACCCGAGUGGUUUAUCGCCGACGUUGCGUCCGUGUAUGCCGGUUGCAUCCCGUUCGGCAUCUACACGACCAACGGCCCCGAAGCGUGCCAGUUUGUGCUCGAGUUUACAAAGUGCCCGCUUCUUGUGCUCGAAAACGCCGUCCAGCUGCGCAAAAUCCGCGAAGUUGCCAGUCAGCUGCCUCUUCUCAAAACGGUCGUUGUUUGGAGCGGCACUCCCGUCAAGGAGGCCAGCGAUCCCUGGCAAGUCCUGUCUUGGCAAGAGUUUCGCGACCUCGGCUCCGAUCUUCCCGACCAGGCCGUCUCAGAACGCACCCUGGACAUCGCCCCCGGCAACUGCGCUUGCCUCAUCUUCACCUCGGGCACCACCGGGCCACCGAAAGCGGUGAUGGUGUCGCAUGACAACUUGACCUGGGUGACGUCGGUCGUGCGAGCAGCGCUCGCCGCAGACCACAACGACUCCUGGGUCAGCUACCUGCCACUGUCGCACAUUGCUGCCAAGAUGGUCGACUUGAUGGCGUGCGUUGUGGAGGGCACUUCGGUGUACUUUGCCCAGCCAGACGCGCUGAAGGGCACGCUCGUGGACACGUUGCGCGAAGUUCGCCCGACGCUCUUCCUUGGUGUCCCGCGUGUUUGGGAGAAAAUGAUGGAGAAGCUUCAGGCGAUCGGUGCUGCCAAUUCGGGCAUCAAGAAGAAGAUUGGCACAUGGGCCAAGAAGAAGGGCGCCGCUGGGUCGCUUGCCAAACUUGAGGGCAAAAGCAAGCCGUCCGGCUGGUCGCUGGCCAACUCGCUCGUGUUCAAAAAGGUCAAGGCAGGCCUUGGUCUUGAUCGGAUGCGCGUGGCCCUGGUCGGUGCCGCUCCCAUGUCUCGCGACUGCACGCUGUACUUUAUGAGCCUUGACAUUUCCGUUUUUGAAGUGUUUGGCAUGUCCGAGUCGACGGGAUGCGUCACCUUCUCCAUCAACCACCAGUUCAAGAUUGGUGCUUGCGGGUCUCCCAUCGAGGGCGUUGAUUUGAAAAUCAACCGACCAGAUUCGGAUGGCAAUGGUGAAAUUACGUUCAAAGGCCGCAACCUGAUGAUGGGCUACCUCUUUGACGAGCCCUCGACUGUCAAGGAUAUUGAUGCAGAUGGAUUUUUCCAUACUGGCGACAUUGGCAAGCUGUUUGAUGGUACGCACCUCGGCAUCACCGGUCGUAUCAAGGAGCUCAUCAUUACCGCAGGCGGCGAGAACAUUCCACCACUGCCCAUUGAGGAGUCCAUCAAGCGCGAAUUGGCCAUCGUCAGCAACUGCAUGGUGAUUGGAGACAAGCGCAAAUUCCUGUCUUGUUUGUUGACGCUCCGAUGCCUUGUGGUGGAUGACGAGCCGACUCAGGACCUGACUCGCGAAGCGGUCGCCCUUUGCAAGGCCAUCGGCUCUGAUGCGACAACACUGCCACAGGCGAUCCGAGACCCGAAAGUGAUUGCAGCAAUCGAUGAGGCGUUUGUGCGCGUGAACAAGAAGGCAAUCUCGCACGCACACACCAUCCAGAAGUGGGUCAUUCUGCCAAACGAGCUCUCCAUUUCUGGCAAUGAGCUCGGUCCCACGCUCAAGAUGAAGCGUCGCACCAUUGCGACAAAGUACGACUCCCUCAUCGAGACUCUCUACGUCGAGUAGAAUUGUGUUUGCUUUGUUGUUACAGUACGAUGAAGGACGACUGCAGUUGUGUCUUGUUUUGUUUGUGUUUUGGCGCGAUUACAAGAUUUUUCGUUGUUUUGCUUGGAAAUCCCAAUUCCAC